AUAAUAUAUUUACCCAGUGUGCUUGCGGGCUGCAAUCAUGUAUGCCUGGGAAUUGGGUAUAAAAGAGAAAAUGGGGAAAAUUAGCCUUGUCCAGUACUUUCUCUGACUUUCACCAUCUCACUCGGGCACCCACUACGCCUUUGUAACUUGCUCUGAAAAAAUGUACGGAAUCCUCUUGGAAAAUCUAGCCGAGUUUAUUCGAGACCGGUGGGGAAGUGGAAAGUGGGAAUCCGUGCGUCGCCAUGCUGGCGUUGACACCGUCGCCUUUUCCACUCAUCACGUUUAUUCAGAAACAUUGCUGCAACGCCUCUCGAAAAGUGCAUGCCUGAUUCUCGCGGUGAAUGAGCAAGAAUUUUUCGAGGGAUUGGGCGUGUAUUUCGUGCAGUAUGUGUCGCAAUGGUAUGACAAAGUCCUCUCCGUCUUGGGUCGCCAACUCCGUGACUUUUUAAACGGUUUGGACAAUCUUCAUGAAUAUUUGAAAUUCUCUUAUCCAAAAAUGAGAGCGCCAAGUUUCUACUGUGACCAGGAGACCGCGACGGGACUGAAACUUCACUACAGAACAAAGAGACGAGGAGGCCUAAUUUUCUACGUCGUCGGUCAGAUUAAGCAGGUCGCACUUCAAUAUUACAACCAGGAAUGUGCCAUAACCCUCGUCAGUGAAGAGAUGGACGGAGACACCUUACACGUAGUUUUCGACCUGGCUUUUGACAACCAUGCAUUUACUGAGGUCAUGCAGUCGUCGGAUGAUUGUGUGGGGAAUGACUUCGAAAUCCCAAUCUCAAGUCUCAAGUUUGAAGAGCUCUUCCCAUUUCUAAUCAUCUUCAGCUCGGACAUGGAGAUAAAACACAUCGGUCACGCGCUCAACCUGGUUCUGAAAGACUUGGUGGGACAAAUUAUGACAGAAUCAUUUGAUCUCACGCGACCCAUGGUUCCAUUUUGCUUCAACGAGAUAAUGCAACGAAGGAACAAUAUUUUCGAACUGGUAACGAUUGCACCAAUCCAAAGUAAUCCCAAUUUGGUGGACACGGCGCGGCUCAGGAUGGACAAUCUGGACUGGAACGAAGCUACCGAGGGGAUAAGAAUUCGUCUACGAGGACAAAUGCUACAUAUUCCUGAAAACAAUACGAUGCUGUACUUGGCGAAUCCUGUCAUGAAGGACAUUGGGGCCCUAAUGAGUGCCGGUCUGUACAUCAACGACUUUGCAUUGCAUGACUGUAGUCGUGAUUUGAUGUUGGCUGGGACUCAGCAAUCUGUUGAGCUUAAACUGGCCUUGGACCAAGAGCAACAGAAAUCAAAGAAGUUGAGAGAAAGUGUCAAAUCGCUGGACAACCUGAUAAAGCGAACGGAUGAGCUUCUUUAUCAAAUGAUUCCAAAGCAGGUCGCAGAUCGUCUGCGUAAUGGGGAAAACCCUGUGGAUACUUGUGAGACUUUUGAGAGCGUGUCAAUUUUAUUCUCCGAUGUGGUCAGAUUCACCGACAUUUGUUCACGACUAACUCCUAUGCAAGUUGUCAACAUGCUUAACCAAAUGUACAGCUAUUUCGACCAGCUUACAGAAAUCAACGGAGUGUACAAGGUGGAGACAAUCGGGGACAGUUACAUGGUAGUGGCAGGUGCUCCCGUUCAAAGUUUGAACCAUCACGAACGAUGUUGUGACAUGGCGUUAGACAUGGUUGAUGCGUGCGAUGCAAUUUCAGAUCCCUCAGAAAUUGGCACCAGCAUACAAAUUCGGGUAGGAAUACACGUAGGCAACAUUGCAGGAGGGAUCGUCGGAAUCAAAAUGACUCGGUGGUGCCUGUUUGGGGAUACAGUCAAUAUCGCUAGCAGAAUGGAAAGCACGUCCGAGCCUUCGAGAAUCCAAAUUUCAGAAGCAUGCAAAGUCUUGCUUCCAAACACUUACGAGUGUGAACCUCGUGGAACAGUGCUUGUAAAGGGGAAGGGGGAAAUGAAGACGUACUGGCUGACUGGAAGGGUGGCUCGAGUGCCGUUGUCAAAAUUCUAUAGCAAAUCCAUCAUCUGGACAAUGCCAAAGACCAAAAAUAUUUUUUCAGGCAUUGGAUUAUCCCACCACCGAGUUAGCGUCAGUGGUUCUGAGAGUUCGGUCUCACUGACAUCAUCUCCAACUGAUGACGCCGAGACUUUGGAUACCAAAUCAAUUCCAAAUUUACCAUUGGAGAAGUUACGUAGAAGUAGAGAAAUUGUUCAAAAAGCGUCUUCAAUUUCAUAUGGUGGAAACAGGGCGAACUUUAACCGUUUCUGGAAACAAAUGUCAAUACCUGUUUCGACCUGUACGAAUUUUCGCUUUGGAAAUUCUACUGAGGACGACGAGACGGGGGAAUUGUUCUCACCACCACGUGACAGGUUUUCUGAUUGCCCAGCCGUCGACUGCACUUGCAACAAUAGCGAAUUAUUCGUCCAAAAUUUAGAAUUGGCGUUGAAGAACCCAAAGCUUAUCGAGCAAUGCGUUUUCCCAUUGGUACAGAGGAGCGUAAAGGAAAUUUUGAAUUUGGGUCAAGCAAAUGAUGAAAAUGAUGAUGUCGAUGUGCUCCAGCAGGAAAAUAAAGCAUUGGUUGAAAGGGACAAUUUGGAAACAUUCGAUCCACUCGAGUUCAGAAAUAUUGUCCAAAUUCGUAAUGCGUCAAUGUCCAACAGCAAAAUUAAUCAUCGAUACAAAAAAAGUUGUGGAACGAGAAAUUGCUGCUUUCCCCGCAUUGGAAAAUGCCAUCCUGGAACUGACGUUGUAUCCUCCACCACCAGUCAAAAUUAUACAAAAGAACAAUAAGCAAAUCAGAACCUCUGGCUGGUCAUUCUAUAAUUAUGUCUGAAUCUAAAAAUCAAUAAAUAAAUAAAACCACUUGCAUAAUAUUCUAA